CUCUGUACCGGAUUUUCCGCCCGCGCGUGCGCAGUAGCCUGCAGACUCGGAGUUGCGUUUAAAUGAGCGACAGAGAGUUCUGAAUCCCUGCUGUGUCAGUGGCCGUGGAGGAUUGUGAUUUGUACCUGUUGAGAUCCUCCCUCUGUGUGGGGCUGUGUUAGAGGGAGCUCGCUGUGGUUUUCUAAGUAUUGAACAGCCUAUUUUCAACACUCGGGUCACUUCCCAAGACUGAUCUUACCUGAGAAGGAAGCCCAGAGAAAGAGGAAAGCAAGGAGUCAGAAAUGACUCGUUCCCAGGAACGGCUGACGUUCCAGGAUGUGGCCAUAGACUUCACUCAAGAGGAGUGGGAAUGCCUGGACCUCGGUCAGCGGGAAUUGUACAGGGACGUGUUGUUAGAGAAUUACGGGAACCUGGCCUCCUUGGGGCUUGUCUCUAAGCUGGACUUGGUCACCUUUCUGGAGCAAUUGAAGGAUCCCAGGAAUAUAAGGAGAAUGGAGACAACAACCAGUUACCCAGCCUUGUCUCCACAAGACACCCAGGAUUUGAUGCCGAAAAAUCCAGCAUUAGAAGAUGUAUUCCCAAAAGCAAACCUAGGAACAUAUCAAAUAUUUCACCUCAAAAACUUAAAUUUAAGAAAAGACUGGGAAUAUACAUGGGUAUAUGAAAGACAGAGAGGAUGUUUAUAUGGACUUAAAGAAAUGGAGACAGUUACACAGAUUGCUAACAUUACUGGAAAAAGAACUGAGCAACCUGAGUCACGUUGGGAAAAACACCCACUUCAGUCUUCAACAUUUGCCAAGAUGUGUAAGUGUUUAAGAAAAGAUUUCCAUCCUUUUUUGAAACAUACAUGUUCUCUAAAUGGAAACAUGGGAAAUCUGGGGAGUAAUCUAGUCUCUACUGCAAAUCCUCAUUCAAACAAUUCUGAACAUAGGAUUCGACUCAACAUACAUUCAAGCAUGUCUGAACACCUACAAUUUAACAGUGAGUGGGAAAACUCACAGUCUAAUCAGUUUGAGGGAUCCGUGAGCAGGGGCUUUUUCUUCCCCCAGCAGAUACUAUCUCUCCAUUCCAAGAUGUAUAAUGUUGAUACUGGAAGAGAUGGAAUCCAACCAUCAUUGUUCAAUACGUAUUGUGAUAUGGUCAGUACAAAACAACUUUCUGUGUGUAAUAAAAUGAGUCAGACCUUAAGUAAGAGCUCCAGCUCCAAUAAUUACAAGAGUAUUAAUGGUGGACUGAGAAGGUAUUCAGGUAAUGAGCCUGGGUAUACGGUUGAAGGAGACUCCAACCUUAAGAAACAUCAGGGACCUGAAUCUACAAACAAGGAUUCUAAAAGUAAUACAUGUAGAAAUGCCUUUGAUCAAAUGUCAGGUUUUUCUCUCGAUAAGAGUACUUGUACUGAAGAGGGUAGUUGUACUGAAUAUGGUAAGGUUUCUAAUCAGUCUUCAGAACUUAUUCAACCGCAGACUGUUCAGAAUUCGCAUAAAGAAAACAAGUGUAAGAUAUGUGGGAAACUGUUUCGUAAAUCAUGCCAUCUAAGUAGACAUAAGAAAAUUCAUACAAGAAAGAAACCGUUCCAAUGUAUACAAUGUAACAAAGUGUUUAAGCAUCGCUCACUUCUUACUAAACAUCAGCGAAUUCACACUGGAGAUAAACCUUAUAAGUGUGCAGAAUGUGGCAAAGCCUUUACUUACAACUCACAUCUUAUUGAACACCGGCGAAUUCACACUGGAGAGAAACCUUAUAAAUGUACAGAAUGUGGCAAAGCCUUUAUCUGUUACUCACAUCUAACCUAUCAUCAGCAAAUUCAUACUGGAGAGAGACCUUAUAAAUGUACAGAAUGUAGCAAAGCCUUUAUCUGUUACUCACAGCUAACCUAUCAUCAGCGAAUUCAUACUGGAGAGAAGCCUUAUAAAUGUAAAGAAUGUAACAAAGCCUUUCAUCGUCUCUCACUUCUUACUGGACAUGAGCGAAUUCAUUCUGGGGAGAGACCUUAUAAAUGUAAAGAAUGUAACAAAGCAUUUAUUCAGUGCUCAAAUCUUACUAGGCAUCAGCGAAUUCAUACUGGAGAGAAGCCUUAUAAAUGUAAAGAAUGUAACAAAUCCUUUCAUCAUUGCUCAGUUCUUACACGACAUCAGCGAAUUCAUUCUGGGGAGAGACCUUAUAAAUGUAAAGAAUGUAGCAAAGCCUUUAUUCAGUGUUCACAUCUUGCUCAACAUCAGAGAAUUCAUUCUGGGGAGAGACCUUAUAAAUGUAAAGAAUGUAACAAAACCUUUAUUCAAUACUCACAUCUUACUCGACAUCAGCGAAUUCAUACUGGAGAGAAGUCUUAUAAAUGUAGAGAAUCUAACAAAGCCUUUAUUGAAUGCUCACGUCUUACCAGACAUCAGGAAAUUCAUACUGCAGAGAGACCUUAUAAAUGUAAAGAAUGUAACAAAGCCUUUAUUCAGUGCUCGCAACUUACUCAACAUGAGCGAAUUCAUACUGGAGAGAAGCCUUAUAAAUGUAAAGAAUGUAACAAAGCCUUUAUGCGUUGCUCACAUCUUACCCAACAUCAGCAAAUUCAUACUGGAGAGAGACCUUAUAGAUGUAAAGAAUGUGACAAAGCCUUUACUACGAGUUCGGCCCUUUCUCAACAUCUCCGAAUUCAUACCGGGGAUAGAUGUUAUAAAUGUACAGAAUGUGGCAAGGCCUUCAUUAAGGGUUCUAAUCUUACUAAACAUCAGCGAAUCCACACUGGGGAGAGACCGUAUAAAUGUACAGAAUGUGGCAAAACCUUUAAUCGGAGCUCAAUUCUUACUACACAUUUGCGAGUUCAUACUGGAGAGAAACCUUAUAAAUGUAUAGAAUGUGGCAAAGCCUUUAGUCAUAGUAGUAAUCUCACUAAACAUCUGAGAACACACACUGGAAAGAAACCCUAGUAAUGGAACAAGUGAUGGAAGAGGUUUGCCCUGAACAUGCAUCUGAAAACACAAGAGUUUAUAUAAGAAACCUGUGGAAAUGAUGUAACAAAUAUGUAGAAAGGUUGUUAAUCAAAAGUUAAAUCAAAGUAAAUAUCAGACAUUGCAUACUAGAAGGCAUUUCAUCAGUUUUGUUUUCAGAAGUUUCUCUGAAGGAGAAUGACUGUAGGGAGUACUCCAUAGUUAAAACACAUAGAAAAUGCAUAUAUUAGCAUGAAUCGUGAGAUGAAGGUUUAUGGUUAGAAAGUUACAAUUCUUAACAGUGUAUGUAUGCUUGUUAAUAAUGACAUGAUUUGAGAUUAUUUCAAGUGAAUGUAAUUCAGCAUUCAAAUAAUCCGUACAGUGCUCACCAGAAUCCUUGUCUUGGUUUGAAUGGAUGAAUCCACACUCAGCCUAGGGAGUCCGAGGCACUUUACUCAGGGUAACUUAUAAAAGCUAAAGUGCAAGUACUCCUGUUUUCUCUGGCUGAUUCCAGCUUUGACCUCUCUCAGAAACUCCUGCCCUAAAUCCUCCCCUACAGAGAGGUCUUAGGUGUGGUGAGUGUGAGGCUUUGAGCUCAGGACUCCUGAACGUUGGUUUUGGGGAAGAAACAUCAGAACAAAAUGGGAUUUGCUGAUGACUCCUUUCAUGGCCCCACUGUAGACCUGCAGAUUUAUAACUUCUUGGAGUGGGGACCUGGGCACCAGGGAUCUGUCUUCAUUGAAAUGGUUCAGAAAGAAUCUUUAGCCAAGAGGUUUCCAUCUGGUUUCCCAUCAGGAUCAUGUGACCAGUGUCAGGAAAUGACCUCACUGAUGCCCUCCCAACUGAGUUCUAUUUUGGUCCUGUGGGAGCAUCAGUGUGGUGUGUAGGAUGUGCUCCAGGGGAUUCUAAGGGGAGGCCCGGGAUAAGGACUUGGCUCCUGGUCCACUUGUGAGAGCUGAGGCCCAGCUUCAGUCCAAGGAGAGGCCGCAGGGUUGGUCUAGCUGGAUUUGGACCGGGGGAGUCAGUCAGCUCACACCGUCUGUGUGAGCAGAGUGUUAGCAGCUAUCUCUGGGGAGAAAACAAUCAAUAAAUUAGCUCACAGGCUGGUCUCCAGGUAGGAAUUAAUUGUUCCUGAAUCUCUCCUGAGACAGAGGACAGGAGAGGUCGUUCUUCUCAGCUUUUCAAGGUCCUUCUGUCUGUAGUGAGAGAGUCGUUUCCUAGGCAGGUUGAGAAGAAGCUUGGGGGUCCCCAAGGAAAGAGGCGCCUGGAAUUCUCAAGAAAGAAGAAAGGACAAACUUUUUUUCUUUCUUCUACAUUCCUUAGGAUUAUAUAACAAUAAUGUAUCCUGAAAAAAAAAAAAAAAGUAUCCUGCUUGAGGACAGUCUCUGGAUUAAACUUUCUGGCUAAACCUGUUAUUUUAAAAUGUAAAUUAUAGGAGUAGAUCUGGUGAGGUCUUUACAACCUCCAGACAUUCUUUGGAUUCAUUGGAGAGUAUGUAACUCCAUGGCUAACACUAGCAAGCGGGUACUCUUUCUGCCCCCUUCUGAUGUCUAUGUCAGAAACGUUCUCUAUCUCCUUUAUACUUUAAUAAAACUACUACACAAAGGCUCUGAGCAAUCAAGCCUUGUCUCUGGCCCCCGAUUGAAUUCUUCAGAGACCAAGAACCCCAGCCUCUUUGCGUGAUUCAGCAACAACCUUUCAUCUUGGGGGCUCAUCCGGGAGUCUUCAGGACAAGGUAAGGAUGCUUGGAGCUCUAGUUCUCCUAGCGAACACGUUUUCUGCUGUACUUGACUAACUCUUUGGUGUGCUUGCAUGAAUGAAUGAAAUGCCCUGCAUGAAGCAAGUGAACUGCUCUGUGGUGACCUCAUAGGGCUGAUGGCAGAAACCUGUCGGGGAUUUAUACCAACCUGCCAAUGCCAAGAGGCACCCAGCGUCUCCUUCAGGGACUGACCAGAGAUGGGCAAAGCAUGUGGACUGAACUCUCCUUUCUCAGUCAAACUUUUGGUCUCGUUGGCCAUUUCAUAACUCCUUGGAAAUUAGAAGUACUAACCUAAUCCGUCGCAUCAUAGAUUUUCAAGGGACUUGUGAUCUGUGUUGUUACUGUGACUUAGAUCUCACACUUGGAUUGGUAGUCAGGAAGCACUUAGCCGCGAUAGGAAUCAAAAGAUUGGAAGUUAGAUGGAGCUCUAGCUACGAGAGCAUCUCUGAGGUUAAAGGUCACUCAGAUUGGAACUGCAAUGGGUUUCUUUUUACCCUUUGAUAACGCGGGCUCUUGGUGGACCAGAGGAGGCUCUUAUACUGGUGAGGUGAUGCUUGGAAGUAACAUCUCAGUUUUAUGUUCAUAUCGGUUUUAUUGUGGUCAGGAGUAUACUCAGGGUCGUGCACAGACACUCAGGUGAUCACUGUUUCUCCCUGCGGUUUAGCCUGGGAGGUGUUCCGGAAGCUUACUCUGAUUGCACCCCCAGUGGCAUCAGAGGCAAGCAAGGUUUUAAUGGUGAGGAGCUGGACGUCCCUCAGGGAAGCGAUCAAGUCUACCCCCGGUGCAUCUCCACCCCGUCUUGGUGGUAGAACCGGGAGGGACAAGUACGGCCCCUGGGUCGGUAAGGGACAGACUAAGUCCGACCAGGGAAGGGACGCUGUGGUGUAAACUCUGUCUACACCCCCAUCUAGAGCAGGGAGGGACGCCUCCGGUAGAAAGAUGGCGCUGUUCGCUUCUUUUCUCUCUUACAGAUGGGAGCUAACAAUUGCAGCCUCACUCCUUUGAACUGUAUCCUGAAAAGCUGGGAUAGAUUUGAUCCCCAGGGCUUAAAGAAGACACACCUGGUCUUCCUAUGUGAUACUGCAUGGCCACGGUACCCACUGGAGGGUGGCGAACGGUGGCUGGUUGGAGGGUCUCUUAAGUAUAAUAACUGUUUUGCAAUUAGAUUGGUUCUGUAGAAAACAAGGGAAGUGGGUAGAAGUAGCAUAUGUGCUGCUCUUUUACCCUCGGCAAAACAUGCCAGACUUAUGUUCUAAGGGUAUAGAUUUGGGUGUGAAACCUUCAGCUCCCUCCUGUCCUCCUACUUUGCUAGAUGAGAUAGAGGACAGGAGACAAAGAGGUAAAGAAAAGCAGGUUUCUCCAAUCUGUCCCUGGGAUCAUAUACGCAGAGCAGCCAGAGAGACUGAGGAACAGCCACACAUGAAGAGGCUGUUGCCUCUUCAUGAAGCACCUACUGGGAGAAAUAAUCAGUCUAUGAGAAUUAAUAAGCCUUUUUCUUAUCAAGAAAUAUAAGAAAUCAAGGAGGAUCUGGGAGACUAUUUAGAGGACCCUGAAAAAUAUGUUAGAGCUUUUAAAGGUGUUAAUCUGCUUUAUGACCUUACUUGGAAGGAUGUGAUAUAUAUCUUGGGACAAAUGCUGGCUCCAGAGUCAAAAAAGUUUUGGGAAAAGUGGUUGCUUAUGGACAUGAAUGGCUUGGUAAUGAAUCAGUAGGGAAGAGGGAGAUAACCGCCCUCCCCACUGGGAAUCAGGUGGUCCCAAUUAUAGAACCAGAGUGGGACUACAACACAGCUAAAGGAAGAUGGGAUCAGAGUCAUUUUGUCAGAUAUAUUCCUGAAGGACUCAGGCAAGGGUGCGCUAAACCUUUAAGGUAAAGUCGCUUAGUCGUGUCUGACUCUUUGCGACCCCAUGGAAUGUAGCCUACCAGGCUCCUCUGUCCAUGGGAUUUUCCAGGCAAGACUCCUGGAGUGGGUUGCCAUUUCCUUCUCCAGGGGAUCUUCCCGACCCAGGGAUUGAACCUGGGUGUUCAGCAUUGCAGACAGAUGCUUUACCAUCUGAGCCACCAGGAAGCCCUUUAAACUAAGGCUUUAAACUAUGGCAAAUUGGCAGACAUAGAACAGGGGGAGAAGGAAGCUGCUGGUAAAUUCCUAGAUAGCCGGAGAGAAGCAGAUUCACUGAGAUUGAUCCCAAAAGUGAAGAGGGAAAAGUGAUCUUAAAGGAUAGAUUUCUCACUCAGUCUAGAUAUCAGCCAUAAGCUAUUAAAACGGUCAUAUGGACCAAAUCAGUCUUUAGAUAAUCUGUUCCAACUGGCUCAGACAGUCUAUAUGGUAGCGAUUAUGAGGAAAAGAAAGAAAGACAGAAAAAGACAAAGGAACAGGUGGAAGCCUUCACAAUGGCAAUGAAAACCGUUCUUAAACAGCCUGAGAAAAAUGCCCAGAGGGACCCAGGUGAAAAGGGAUGAAGUUGCUAUUACUGCGGAAAGGCGGGGCACCUCAAGCGGGAUUGCCCUCAGGCAUCUAAGCUGCCCCCGGCUCCAUGUCCGGUCUGCAAAGGACCACACUGGAAGAGAGACUGCCCCCAGAGGCGUAGGUCUCAGGGGUCGGACUCUCAAGACAAUCAGGACUGAAGGUGCCCAGGAGUCGAACCCCAGGUAUUAAUAACUGUGGGAGGCCAAUCCGUCGAUUUCCUUUUAGAUACUGGGGCAACUUACUCUCUGCGUUCUGAAGCCCCUGGCCCACUAUCUUCCCAAUCCGCUUCUGUAAUGGGACUGUCUGGACGAGCCAAAGGAUGGACCAGAUAAUCUAUGUGAGCCUACUUCUGCUGACUCUAAAAAUCCUGAGUCUGCCGUUUGAUCCUCAAGACAGUGCCCUCCUGUCCUGGGCUCAUUCCUACGCUGAAUUCCACAGUCAGUCCAACUGCUGGGUCUGUGGAGUGCUCCCCUCUUCAUCAGUGGAAGGCCUCCUGUGGUGGACAUCUCCAGUUCAAGGAAAAGACUCUCCAAGUCUGCAAGUUCCGUCAACAACAAUCACAUGUGAUGCCUCAUCUUAAACUGAUGACAUCUAACAACCUUAAAAUGAACUGAUAUAACCGUAGACAUAAUGUGACUUCUCAUUUUGAUUUUAACUUGGUUUAAUGACUCUUUUGCCUGUAACUGUAUAAUGAGAUAUUCUGUCUAAAAGCUGUUAGUUUACAAAUGGUUGUCUAAGCUCCUAUGAGUGCCACAGCCUCCUCCAGCUAUUACUUGGGGCCCCUGAAUCAGAGACCCUCAAUAUGAGGGUUAGAAGAAUAGGUUGCCUCAACAAUUUAGGGACCACGCCCCAGUGGUCCGUACAACUACAACAGCAGAAGUAGUUAUGGAACGAAAAUGAUGCCCCUUUCCCUUGGCAACACAAUUCUCCUAAAAGAAAAAGGGGGGAAUGAGAGAGUCGAUUCCUAGGUAGAUUGAUAAGAAGUCCAGGGGUCCCCAAGGAGAUAGAGGUCUGGAAUACUCAAGGAGGGAGAAAGGACAAACUUUUUACUUUUUUCCCUCUACAUUCCUUAGGAUUAUAUAAUAAUAAUGAAUCAUGACUGAGGACAGUCUCUGGAUUAAACCUUCUGGCUAAUCCUGGUAUCUUAAAAUGUAAUUUAUGGGAGUACAUCUGGUGAGGUCUCUACAACCUCCAGACAUUUUUUGGAUUCACUGGGGAGUAUGUAACUCCAUGGCUAACACUCGCAAGUGGGUACUCUUUCUGCCCCCUUCUGAUGUCUAUGUCAGAAGCUUUCUCUAUCUCCUUUAUACUUUAAUAAAACUUUAUUCCACAAAA